UAAAAGUGUUUUUUGUAUUAUAAUAUUGCCUUGUAUAAACUAGCUUGAUCUUCUGGACGGUGAAGGUGAGCCGCAGGUACGUGAGUUACGUAAUACAGGGAACGAGCAAACUGGGAAGGACGCAAUUUAACGGCAUGCUCUUCAUAUAUGCACUAUAUACAAUACCAAUUACACCAGAAGGCUCAGUUCACAAUGUAGUAAAUGAAAUGAAAAUGUAGAUCUUAUACGGACCAGUAGCAAGGUUUGCGGUGGAUGAUGGGACAGGCGAGUCUGCAAAGCGUCUGCUUUGGAUGCGGGUGGAUUCAGCACCGAUUCAGAACUGUCAACAGCGAAUCAUUGUCUCUGCUCAAGCGGAUGGGCGGAGAUUAUACUACAGACACAGUACCUGUCCGCUUCCCCAGCAAAGCCUAUAAAUUGGUGCUACAUAGUGAAAAGACGGAUGGGAAAAUUGCUUUCUUAUCUGACACUAUCAAUAAAAUAAGAGAUCUUUUCGGUGAAAAUAUGGAUACUGUCACGUGGAACAAAACAGCGCUGGAACAUUUCAAGGAUGUUCUUCACCGGCAGUCGCACGAACUGCACAAAUGUGUUUCUUCAAACUCUAAGCAUGAGUGGAAACUGGAAAGGCACUUCAGGAUGCUACACGAGACUGUUUUAAAGGAAAUGAUACUCCAGUUCCCCCUACGAUAG